CGUUGUGCUGCUGGCAGAAUUACUGGUCAGCUGCACGAGCAAGACAGCAGCGCUGCCAGACCCGUGAACUGCGUAAAGGAGCCGGUCUUUGGCUCUACACAAAUGGAGAACUAAGAAUAAUUGGGUACCGGGAGAUGUUCGAUGUCAGAAUAUAUUUUGUGAAAUCUAGAAUGCGCUUAAAACGCAUUGGAAACUGAACAUUGUGUAGCCUACGAACACGGACAGUCUCUUCAUGAGCUCCAGCUUCACUCCAUUUAUUUGGAUUCUCUUUCGCAGUUCCACGUAUUGAGAUGGUCUAUUUUUGUGAUGGCGAGAGGUCUGUUUCCACGGGCCUGGAUAAAGAAAUCAUUCUUUUUCCAGGCUCGCAUCUCCUUUGUGCGGGUGAAAUACCUGUUCCUCACCUGGCUGACGGUGUUUGUCGGGGGCUGGGUGAUCUAUGUCCAGUAUUCCAACUACACCGAGCUGUGCAGAGGACAUGAGUGCAAGAACGCCAUAUGUGACAAAUACAGGAGAGGCAUCAUUGACGGCUCGGCCUGCAGCAGCCUUUGUGACAAAGACACCCUCUACCUGGGCAGGUGCCUCUCCACCAGCCCCAACAACCAGGUGUACACAGGUGGCUGGGGUGACGUGGACGGGGUGAUCCGCUGCCAGGUGGGGGAGGUGCUGCACUAUGAGCUCGGAGAGGAGCCGGAGCCCCGGAGAGAGGCUGCAGUCUUCGACAAACCCACCCGCGGAACGUCUGUGGAGAAGUUCCGAGAGAUGGUCUUCAAUCACCUCAAGUCAAAACUGGGCGAGCAAGCAAAUCUGGCCAGCCUGGUGACCCAAAUACUCAGCGUCGCCGACGGCAACAAGGACGGCCACGUCUCGCUCCCAGAGGCCCGUUCGGCCUGGGCUCUUCUCCAGUUGGACGAGGUGCUGCUGGGCCUGCUCCUCCAGGAACGGGGCCACACCCCUCGUCUGAUGGGCUUCUGUGGAGACCUGUACGUGACCGAGAGGGUACCCUAUGGCCCCCUUUACGGUGUCAGCCUCCCCUGGCCCCUGGAGGCCUGGGUCCCCAGUGGGGCCCGACGCAGCAUGGACCAGUGGUUCACCCCCUCGUGGCCCCGCAAAGCCAAGAUCUCCAUGGGUCUCCUGGAGCUGGUGGAGGACAUCUUCCACGGCAACUACGGCAGCUUCCUCAUGUGCGACCUGAGCGCCGGCCACUUCGGCUACACGGACCGCCACGACCUCCGCCUCACCGACCCGCGGGCCAUCGUCUCUGAGGACACGUUCAGGCGAACCAUGCGCGCGCUGCACUGCGAGAAGGAUGACGACUGCUUGUUUGGGGCGGACUGCCGGACGUCGUGCGACGUGGCUCAGAAACGAUGCAGGGAGGAGGUGACCCAGCCCAACCUGGCCAAGGCGUGCAGGGCUCUGAGGGACUACCUCCUGAGGGGAACACCGUCGGAGCUGAGGGAGGAGCUAGAGAGGCAGCUGUAUGCCUGCAUGGCCCUCAGGGGCUCAGCGGGCCAGAUGGACAUGGAACACUCGCUCAUCCUGAACAACCUCAAAGCUCUGCUGUGGAGACAGAUCUCUCAUACUAAAGACUCAUGAUGUAAUUGACAAGUCUGCUACUGGCACAUUGGCUCGGUCAGAGGAGCCUUUGGGGAAAGUAUUUCUAAAAACUCAACCACUUUGGUGGAUUGUUCAUUCAAGACGUACUAUAUUGUUUUAUCUACCACCUGUUUUCAUGCUGCAUAGCAGUUGUUUUGGCAGUGUAACUGCAUUCGAGCUGUCAAAUCCACAAGCGGCUCCUGGCAUACCUAUCUGAAAGGAAAUUGAUGUUGAACUACCCUUUGGAAAGCUUUUUUCACAACUUUGUUUUGUAGUAAAACAGAGGAAGAAAAGUGUUUCCAGUGACAUCGGUGAGCGUCGUGUAAUUUUAAGUAGACAUUGCCUACUAAUUGGUUGUCAUUGGAAAUCUUCCUAAGUAACAAAUGUGCCAUUUUCACAUUUUGAUGUUGGCGUGGUGCUGGAUAAAUAUUUUUUCCUUUUAAAUUAAAACACUCAUUUCAGAUGUAGUCUACACCUCGAUUAUACGGAUGAAUGAUUUAAUUUGAGCGUAAUUUCUAUAGCCUACUCUUUCUCGUUCUGAACUACUAACGCGAGUGGCUUCUUGACAAUCGAAAGCA